CGGGCGGGCUCCCAGAGAGACUGCACAUGUCCCCGGUUACCGAUGACAUGCGCAUGCGUGUGGUGGCGGGUCGUGUCGUGUCGUGACCUUUGAGUGAUGGUGCCGCGUAACCAGGUGAAGUUCGGUGCGUGGUACUCGGCAGUCGGAGCACGGCGAACCCGGAGUGAGGAUGAAGCAGAAUGGAGCGGUCAGUCCUAUCGAUGAGGACGCCGCUGUCAGAGGCUCGGGCAUGCCCGCCGAGGUGCCACUCGGUCUGAGACACAAGUGUGCAGCCUAUGUUCUGGCGCUGCGGCCGUGGAGUUUCAGCGCCUCGCUCACGCCCGUGGCUCUCGGCACGGCUCUGGCCUACAAAACCCUGGGCAAGUUGGACCUGGCCAUCUGCCUGCUGGCCGCCUUGGCCGUGCUGGCGGUGCACGGUGCCGGCAACCUGGUGAACACCUACUAUGACUUCAGUCGCGGCAUCGAUCACAAGAAGAGCGAUGAUCGCACGCUGGUGGAUCGGAUCCUGGAGCCGCAGGAUGUGGUGCGGUUCGGAGCCUUUCUCUACACCCUGGGCUGCCUCUGUGCCUCCUCCCUUUAUUUCUUGAGCAAGCUCAAACUAGAACACCUGGCACUUAUCUUCUUCGGGGGUCUGUCCAGUUCGUUUCUGUACACUGGAGGUAUUGGAUUUAAGUACUUCGCUCUGGGUGAUAUCAUCAUUCUGAUCACCUUUGGACCACUAGCUGUGAUGUUUGCCUACGCUGUUCAAGUGGGUUACUUGGCCAUUUCACCACUACUUUAUGCAAUUCCUUUAGCGCUUAAUACAGAGGCAAUCUUGCACAGUAACAAUACCAGAGACAUGGAGUCCGAUAAGCAAGCAGGGAUAGUUACCUUUGCCAUUAUUAUUGGACCAACAUUAUCUUAUAUUGUGUUUAACAUACUGAUAUUUAUACCCUAUGUAAUAUUCUGUAUUUUAGCAACUCAUUAUACAAUCAGCCUCACACUGCCACUUCUGACUGUGCCUUUGGCAUUUUCACUUGAGCGGCAGUUUCGAAGCCAAAAUUAUGCCAAAAUUCCCCAGAUGACUGCAAAGUUGAAUUUUUUGCUGGGAUUGUUCUAUGUAUUUGGUAUUUUGUUGGCUCCACCUGGAACCUUGCCAAACUAAAACACGCGGACAUACUUCUGAAUGGCGGUGCACAAACUGAAGAUGGUUAUAUUUCAGUUUGAUUUUGCAUGUCUGAGGUUUGACAGGUAGUGCUUCAGUGGAGCCUCUGUUUCAUGUUUUUUUAAAUCUACACUCUCUAUCACCUAGAAAAAUUGGGAAUGAAUUCUCAAUAAAGCGGAUUAGAACAAUGAUACUGGCAUCGGGAAAAUAAGGUGGCUUAGUUUUGUUUAAAUUUUAACUGCAGGUACAAUUACUUGUAAAGUAAUGUUAGCACUAUGGUUGUAUUUCAACUUGAUACACUAAUGGUUCUUAAUAAAAAGCAUUUGCCUAAUCUUUUGUACAGAAACUAAGCAAAACUUUCUUCAAUCCGUGAAAAGAAUGCGAAAUGCAAUAUCCAAUUUUCAAAUCUAAGCUUUUAAAAGACAUUUCUAACUUGAGAAUGUCUUUUAUUCCCAAGACAUUAAGGGGGAAAACCAAAAUUUUCUGUUUUUGCUUUAAUAUUGAUACCAUUAUCCAUUGGUCUCUUCAUAAAUGCCUGCAUGCUCAAAUGGUACAGAUUAGACAAUUAAUAUCUAGCAGAGCUAGGAUGUGAAUGUGUAGAACUUGUCUAAACAUGCAUAUAAAAUGGGAGCUUGGAGGUAAUUUUGAAUAAGUAAUUUCCAAUUUAGUGUGAUCUGAAUUUCUUGAUUGCAACUGUAUUCCAGUGUUACAUUUUAUUUUUUAUUUAAUUUUUUUCAUUUUAAAAUCUUCAUGAUCUUUAAUGAUCAACAAAAAUACAUAAGAUAAUCAAGUCAAUAUGUACAAUAAAGAAUUAAAUUAACAAAUAACUGAUUAACAAAGUAAGCAUAUAUCAAUAAUAAUAAGAAAAAAUAAAGUGUGAAGAAUAUUUUUUUGAAAGAAAAAAAGGGGGGAGAAAAGAACCCCUACUAAGAAAAAAAAAACCCUACUAACUAAAAAAUACGGGGGAAAAAAACCCAUUGGGAGUACAACCCGGAGCUAUAAGUCAUACAAGCUUCCAUAAAAGAAAAACAUCAUUCGCCAACUCAAAUCCAUUUAAACAAAAAUCAGAAGGAAACCAUGUUAAUUAACUCAAAUCAGAUGAUAAUAGCGGGCAAAAGAACCCCACCUUUUCUCGAAAUUAAAUCGAGAAUCAAAAGUUUGACUUACGAUUUUCUCCAAACUAAGACUAACAUCACCUGAGAGAACCAUUGUAUCAAAGUAGGAGCAGAAGCAUCUUUCCAUUUCAACAAAAUAGCCCUUCUGGCCAAUAAUGUAACGAAUGCAAUUACAUGUUGGUCUGAUAGAGGAAUACCAUGAGGGAUUAUACCAAACAAAAAUAUCAAUUUACUAGGUUGUAAAUUAAUUUUUAAAACUUUAGAAAUUGUAGAAAAAAUAAAUUUCCAUAAAUGUUUCAAUACAGAACAUGACCAAAACGUGUGUCAAUGUAGCUGUCUUGGUUUUACAUCUAUCACACUGACUAUCAACAUUAGCAAACAUUUUAGACAGUCUCUUCUUUGUCAAAUAAUUACGAUGUACAAUUUUAAGUUGAAUUAAAGAGUGACUGGCAUAGAUCGAAGAAGAGUUAACCAACUUCAAAAUCCGCAAGCAAUCCUCUGUUAUCAAGGCCAUGUUAAACUUUCUCUCCCAGUCUUGCUUAAUCUUAAGUGAAGGGUAAUUGUGCUGUUGUAACAAUAAAUUAUAAAUUUUCCCAAUAAAGCCUUUCACUAAAGGGUUCAUUUUUAAAUUCAAAUACAUUUAAUAAUACAUUUAUAAUACAAUUAAUAAUACAUUUUUAUAUGCAUUUCAAAACUCCAUAUUUUUUCAGUGUUACAUUUUAUGAUAAAUUGUGGGGCCUGAUUAACAAGGAUCAUUAACCAUUUUAUUUUAAACUGAGGGUUUUAUUUAAUUUUGACGAUGUGUUGCAUAAACUUGUUAAAAUCAUAUUAUCAAAGUAACUGGAUUUGGAGAAUAAAUCUUCUGAAAGGGUGCAAUAUUUAAUAAUUUGCAAUUGUUUAGUUUUUUUGUUCAUUAUACACCAUUAGUUGUUCAAUUUGGUUAAUAAAUCAAUUCUGGCAACAGUUCAGUCAUUCUCCCAUAGUGUUUUCUGCCGCUCUUUAAAUAGUGGAUGACUCACACAAGCUUUUGAAAUAGAAGUAUGACUCAAACUUGUUAAAAGUCCCACAGCAUAAGUACCUUUUUCUCAUCAGCCAACUUUUAAAAAUUCCAGUACUUAUAAAUAACUCAGCUUUCCAAGGAAAUCCACAUAGUUAGAGCUAAUGGAUUUCAGUAACUCUUCUUUUAUUUUGGAAUUCCAUUCCAGCCCAGCCCAUUUUCUUGUCUUAGUCAUUAUUUAGAAAACCUACAGCACAAUACAGGCCCUUUGGCCCACAAUGCUGUGCCGAAUAUGUACCUACUUUAGAAAUUGCCUAGGGUUACCCAUAGCCCUCUAUUUUUCUAAGCUCCAUGUAGCUAUCCAAGAGUCUCUUGAAAGACCCUAUUGUAUCCACCUCCCACUACCAUCGCCAGCAGUCCAUUCCAUGCACUCACCGCUCUCUGCGUUUUUUUUUAAAAAUUGUCCCGACAUCUUCUCUGUACCUACUUCCAAGCACCUUAAAACUGUGCCCUCUCGUGUUAGCCAUUUCAGCCCUGGGAAAGAGCCUCUGACUAGCCUCACAAUCAAUGCCUCUCAUCAUCUUGUACACCUCUAUCAGGUCACCUCUCAUCCUCCGUCGCUCCAAGGAGAAAUGGCCAAGUUCUCAAUCUGUUCUCAUAAGGCAUGCUCCCCAAUCCAGGCAACAUCCUUGUAAAUCUUCUCUGCACCCUUUCUACAGUUUCCACAUACUUCCUGUAGUGAGGUCACCAGAACUGAGUAUAGAACUCCAGGUGGGGUCUGACCAGGGUCCUAUAUAGCUGUAUAUCUCUCUUUAAAUGAUUUUUGAGUGAUUUCCAAAAUUAUUUCUAUGAGGACCUCUACAAAUUAAUAUCAUUUUCUGUUCAAGAUAAAGCUUUUUCAACAAGAAACCAAAUUUUUAUUGAGAGAUUGGAAAUAUAGGUUCAGAAAUUGUGGCAGUGUUGUUUAUUUCAACACUUACUGAAAAUGUCUUAAUAAGCAUUUUCUGUCAUUUAAUGAUAUUCUGGAAAUUCAAGCAGGUGCUUCAUGGCUGAAGUUGCGCUCUUGCCUCUGACAAAAAAUGGUCAUCAGACCCACGUCAUAUCCAUGUAGUGCCCCAUCUCCAAGUGAAGUUUGUCUCAUUUGUUCUGGGAAUGACUGUAUUCAAGGGAUAUGAGUCAAACUUAAUUGGAACCACAUGAAUAAAAUGCUGGAGAAACUCAGCAAGUCAGUCAGCAUUUAUGGGAGGGAAUAAACAGUCGGGGUUACGGGCUGAGACUCUUCAUUGGGUUUCUCCAAUAUCUUGUGUGUUGCUCAUGAUUUCCGGCAUCUGCAAAAUCUAUUUAUGGAAUCGCUAACAAACAAAAGAAAAUCUGCAGAUGCUGAAAGUCCAAGCAAUACACACAAAAUCCUGGAAGAACUCAGCAGGCCAGACAGCCGCUGAAGGGUCUUAGCAUGAAAUGUCAAUUGUACUCUCUUCCAUGGAUGCUGCCUGCCUGCCUUCCUCCAUCAUUUUGCGUGUGUGUGUGUUGAAUGGAAUCACCAAGGCAAAUCCCAUACUGCUGUCCCGUUUUCACUCUAACUGUCUGACUCUUUGAUCUUCUGAGGUACAUAGUCAUCUGGUAGCAAGUUCUGUAGUCACUUCUAAAUUUCAGCCUUUGACCCACCUCCUCUACCUGGCCCCAGUUAUACCUAAAGCUGUGGGUCUUUACAUUAUGGAAUGCAUGUUAGCAAAUAUUUGGCCACCAGUACCUGAAAUUAUCCUUAAUGAGAGUGGGCUUAACCACACACUAACUCGCUAUCAAUUUUGGGCUUUGUUUCUUAUUCAGUGAAGAUAGAUAAUUGGACCCAAUGAAUCUGUUAUGAGAAAUUUUUAGUGUUUCUUUUUUUGUUUCCUUUGCUUUUGUUUGGUGGAUAGCAAAUUAAAUUGCCAUUUUAUUAAUAUUACAAAAAGGCUUUUUUAAAUGAACUGAUGGUUUUGUGCAGUGAAUUAGAGUGAAGUUCAAUUCACCAAAGAUAUGAUGAAUAUAUUUAACAACAUUCAAAAGGAAACUAGGUUUUUUUUAAUCCACAAACUUUUUGAAUUAAAGGCAUUUACCAAACUUUUCAAAAAUAGUGAAAAACAGUAAGUUAUGAAAAUUCAGAAAUUUACUUUAACUUUUAUAUUCCUUUUGUAUUCAGGAAUUAUCUGUACCAACUUUUCUUAAAAGGGUAUGCUUGGGUUCCUUUAGAAAUCGCACUGUCAGAACUGUAAUAUUUCAAUAGAGAGGAAAGUUUAUUUUGAUGUGUAGCACUUAAAUUGUACUCUCACAUGAUGUAAACACAUAUACAAAUAUUUCAUCUUUACUCAAAAUUAUCUCUUCAGUAUGCAUGCCAAGCUUUUCUAUUCAACAGCCAUGUCUGUAUUUAAAUAGAGGUCAGACUGGGACAUGAUAGCAGUUCCUUCUCUGAAAGUAAUUCUCCAGAGACAAAGUUGGCAUGAAAUUGUACAUAGUAUGUCAAUGCUGAACACUUUCCAUUAUCCCAGCAGUACUGUCUAAUUAUUACCCAAUUUUGAUUAGUUUACAUUUCAAACACCUUGCAGGACAGGCAGGAUCUCUUCCAAAACAAAAAAAGAAUCCCCAAUUUGAAGUGUUAGGGUAUUGUUAAGGAAUUUUGUUUGUUUUCCUUGUAUCAAAUCUCCAACUUUUUUUUUGAUUCAUGGAAUAUUUCUCCUGUUCAAUGCCUCAUUAGAUAGUAAAGUAACUAGGUGAAGCUCUUUAAACUGUAUCUGUUGUUAGAGUAGGUCACAUGACCAAGGGGGGAUGUUGCCUUCUCUGUGCCAAGAUAAAAAUGUAUCUUAUUCAGGCCUGGAGCUGUCUAGUUUAGGUAAUUUUCAGGUAGAGAUUGUGAUCAGCUAGGCCCUGCUGUCAAUUGUCUUUUAAAGCACAUGCAGAUGAUUCAAUUUUGGCUAGCUUUGUAGCAAUUUUUGUUUCAUUUUGUUUACAGUAGCUUAUUGAGACAUGACUUGCCAUUGGAUGAAGUAAAAUGUGAAUAAUUUGUAGUUAUAAUAAAAAAUUUAAGCACCAGCAGUUAAGUAUUUUUAAUGCUGAAAGGUGCUCAUGAAUUUGAAAAAUGUUUGAAGAAUGCUCAAUUCAACAAUUUUUAACAGACAAAUUGCAAAUAUGGAUGCCAAUCUGAUACUCAGUUGUAGGGGCACAAACAAUGCAAGGAUUUCAGUUAAUGUAAAUAUAAACUUUACUUCUGUGGAUUGUGGGAGAAACUCAUUAAUAUCCAUUGUAAAAAUUACAAAGAUAAGAGAAUAUAAAGCAACAUUUAUUUUAGUGGUCAGAAUUUCAAAUCUUAUAUGGGGGGAGGCAGCUUAGGAUUUUAAACUGUCUGCAUAAGGAGCAUAAACAAUAUUUUAGUUCUGCUGGAAAAAUGAAUGCUGUGUCUGGAGGAAUGGUCUGCUAUGGAAUUGAGGGUGUAUGAAUCUGGGCAAGAUCAGCACCUGCAGAAAGUAUCUGUGAGGAACCUGCAGAAACCUCCCAUCAACUCCCCUGUGAUUCUCCUGCCACUUCAGCAAAGGAUACUUUCUAACAGCCAAUUAACCUACCAACCAGCGUGCCUGGUUAAUGUGGGAGGAAAGUGGAGCACCCAGGCGACACCAUGAGGUUAUAAGGAGAAUGUGCAAGCUCCACACUGAUAGCUCAGCACAUCAGCAUCAAAACCACGUCACAAACACUACUUGUUGUGGUACUGUCCUCCACUGUGUCUCUGUAAAGACUAAUACUACAUGAGUUCGCUACAUGAAUAUCUUCACCUUGGAAGAAACAUACAAAGUUGGAAGUUCCCUGUGGGCUUAGGAGAAAGUAGGUGAAGCUUUCUUUAAGUAUGGAUUUGGAAAACUUCCCUAAUAUGGCAGUAAGAAGUUACCAGAGAUGAGCUGCAGAAGCUGGGAAUGAUCCUGAGGCUGAGAAGCUGAGGGACUAGGACCUGAUCUUCAGGAGUAAAUGCACACCUGACAUAGAUGGGAACCUUGGAGUACACGGAUCUAAUUAAAUACAAAAAUUGUACAUUGAUUAUUGUCCUCUUGGGUUCCAGGCAAAUCAGAUCAAUAAGUAAGGAAGGAAUUGUUUUUCAGGGUUGGGGUUAGAAGUACAGAAUUUCAUUGGAAAGGUAUAUUGGGCUAUUGCACCAUUGUUGGUAUCAUUUGCUGAAGCUUUGUUUAGAAUUUUUUUAUAGUAGGGAAUCAAGUUUUCCUGUAAGAACAACAGUGAAAAUCUGUGUAUACGUUGUGAAGUUAGGCCUAUUUUCAACUACAUACAACCAGUUUUGUAGACGUAUUUUAUGGCCAGUGUGAUGAGUUGCAUUUACCCAGAUAUGGAGAUUUAAUCGAUCUUUUCUGAAGUUCCAGAACUGGGUUUAAUUGGGAGGAAGUGUUGAAGCAACAUAAUUUUAUUUCUGCUGAACUUGAAUUUCAACCAAAAUAUUUUUGUUAUACUUGCACUUUUUCCCUAUCCCCAUUUACCACCAAAAUUUGGCUGGAUAUGUUGCUAUAUUAUAAAUUUGUUUGUUUAGUACAUAAAUAACUAGAAUCAUUGUUCUCUGGUAGAAAUACAUUGAAUUUAUACUUUUUUUAUACAAUGCAAAUUUUAUAUCAACUAAAGCAUGAUUUUGUAUGUUUAAAACAACAUAAUGAGCUUUUGUUUAUGGUUCUCUAUUAAUACAUGUAUGAUGGAUCAAGUGCAUCUACAGCAAUUUUGUAUAGGGUUUUCAUAAUAUCAGCA